AUGGGGCUGAAGGCGCGGCGCGGCGCGGCCGGCGGUAGCGCGGCCGGCGGGGCGGCGGCGGGGCGGCGAGCGGCGGCGGGCGGCGACCCCGAGCAGGGCUCGCUGGCCCUGGGCACCGGCGGCGACCGCGACGGGACGCUGCUGCUGGAGGGCGGCGGGAAGGAGGAGGGCGGCAAGCGGAGCCCGCCGGGACUGGGGCUGCUGGCGAAGACCCCCCUGAGCCGCCCGGUGAAGCGGAACCACGCCAGGUGCCGCCGCAUCCAAACUUUGAUCUACGACGCCCUGGAACGACCCCGCGGCUGGGCGCUGCUCUAUCACGCCUUCGUGUUUCUGAUUGUCUUGGGGUGUUUGAUCUUAGCUGUCCUGACAACUUUCAAGGAGUAUGAAACAGUUUCUGGAGACUGGCUCCUCUUGCUGGAAACUUUUGCCAUUUUCAUCUUUGGAGCAGAGUUUGCCUUAAGAAUCUGGGCUGCUGGCUGCUGCUGUCGCUACAAAGGAUGGAGGGGGAGACUCAAAUUUGCCAGGAAGCCUUUGUGCAUGCUGGAUAUCUUUGUGCUGAUUGCUUCAGUGCCAGUGGUUGCAGUUGGGAACCAGGGCAAUGUUCUGGCAACGUCUCUGAGGAGCCUCCGCUUCCUGCAGAUCCUGCGGAUGCUGCGCAUGGACCGGCGGGGCGGCACCUGGAAACUUCUGGGAUCAGCUAUUUGUGCCCACAGCAAAGAGCUCAUCACUGCUUGGUACAUUGGGUUCCUGACGCUCAUCUUAUCCUCAUUUCUUGUUUAUCUGGUUGAAAAAGAUGUUCCUGAGAAAGAUGCUAAUGGGGUGGAGAUGAAAGAGGAGUUUGAAACCUAUGCAGAUGCACUGUGGUGGGGGCUGAUCACCCUUGCCACGAUUGGAUACGGCGACAAGACCCCCAAGACAUGGGAGGGACGGCUGAUUGCAGCCACCUUCUCUCUCAUUGGAGUGUCUUUCUUUGCUCUUCCUGCAGGCAUUUUGGGGUCAGGGCUGGCACUGAAGGUCCAGGAGCAGCAUCGUCAAAAACAUUUUGAGAAAAGAAGGAAACCUGCAGCUGAGCUCAUUCAGGCUGCCUGGAGAUACUAUGCUACUAACCCCAACAGGAUUGAUUUAGUUGCUACCUGGAGGUUUUAUGAAUCAAUUGUAUCAUUUCCAUUUUUCAGGAAAGAGCAAUUGGAUGGUACUGCCAGCCAAAAGCUGGGUCUCUUGGAUCGGGUUCGUGGUACCAAUACUAAAGGAAAGCUAUUUACCCCUCUGAAUGUAGAUGCCAUUGAAGAAAGUCCUUCAAAAGAGCCUAAGAAUGUUGUCUUGAAUAACAAGGAGCGUUUUCGCACUGCGUUCCGAAUGAAAGCGUACGCUUUUUGGCAAAGCUCAGAAGAUGCAGGAACAGGGGAGCCCAUGGCAGAAGACAGAGGUGACAGUAGUGAUUUCCCCAUGGAAGAUAUGAUCCCCACGUUCAAGACAGCCAUCCGAGCUGUCAGAAUACUACAGUUUCGUCUCUAUAAAAAAAAAUUCAAGGAGACUUUGAGGCCUUAUGAUGUAAAGGAUGUGAUAGAGCAAUACUCAGCAGGGCACCUUGAUAUGCUUUCCAGAAUAAAAUACCUUCAGGCAAGAGUAGAUAUGAUUUUUACACCUGGACCUCCAUCUACUCCCAAGCAUAAGAAAUCCCAAAAGGGAGGAGCUUUUUCUUACCCUUCACAACAGUCUCCCAGAAAUGAACCAUAUGUAGCCAAAGCAUCUACAGCUGAUACUGAAGACCAAAGUAUGAUGGGAAAAUUUGUUAAAGUUGAGAGGCAGGUAAAUGACAUGGGGAAGAAACUGGAUUUUCUUGUUGAUAUGCAUAUGCAUCACAUGGAACAGCUGCAGAUACAAGUUGCUGAGAUAAGUCCAUUGAAAGAAACCGCUUCUCCUGCAAGGGAGAAGAGAGAAGAAAACAAAUAUUCUGAAUUAAAAACAAUCAUAUACAAGUACACUGAGCAGUGUUCUCGUGAAACUCCUUACAACUUCCAGCAGGUUCCAGUGAACAAAGUCAGCCCCUACGGCUUCUCGGCGCGGGGUCCCUCGCAGCCCGCAGCCCCGGGCGGGCUCAGCUCCGGCAGGCCGCAGGCCGCGCCGUGCCCGGCUUCACACGCGGAGCGGCCCACGGUCCUGCCCAUACUGACAAUGGACUCCCGGGCCAGCCACCACGGCCACGGGGACCGGCAGAGCCCCUGCUCCGACUGGGUGUCGCCGAGGCAGCGGCGGAGCCUGACGAGGGACAGCGACACUCCGCUGUCGCUGCUCUCCGUCAACCACGAGGAGCUGGAGCGCUCCCCCAGCGGCUUCAGCAUCUCCCAGGACAGAGACGAUUUCCCCUUCGGGCCCGGCGGGGGCUCGGCCUGGAUGAGGGAGAAGCGCUACCUGGCCGAGGGGGAGACGGACACGGACACGGACCCCUUCACCCCCAGCGGCUCCAUGCCACUGUCCUCCACGGGGGACGGCAUUUCCGACUCGCUCUGGGCCCCGGCCGGCAAGCCGGGCUGACGGGCCGCGCUGGAAGCCUGGCCUCUCCCGUAAUGUAAGCGUACUUUGUAUAUCCCACUUACUCUACACCCAAAGCUUACUAGCUCCGAACACCAAUGGCUGCAUAAGAUGCAUGUGAUAUUAGUGGUAGUCAUUCUGCGCCAUUCCAUACAAGUUACUGAUGCAGUUUUUUUCAUGCUGCCAAAACUAAGGAGCUUAGUUUUGAGCAUGGUUUGCAUGACUUUGCCCUAUAUAAAUGGUACAGCUGAUUUCUUCCAUGAUACAUAUCUAUCUGGUACUCUUCGAUACAAAAAUGGUGAAUUGAUAACAGAUGAGAUACAGUGGUCCUUGCUAUGUUUUGUAAACAGAGCAGCAAAAUAAAAAAAAAAAAAAAAAAAAAGGAACAAUAUCCCUUUGUGGAAACAUAAUGUCUGAAUCAUUUUCCAAUAUAAGCAAAUCAAUCUCUAAUCAACCAAGCCAAGAAUUUCCAGUAUCGAAAGCAGGGAAAAGCAUGAGCUAAAGUAUGACCUUAUUGAAAUGCCUUUGUGAACUAAAUGUUUUUCUUGUAAUCUCUCAUAUAAUUACCCCUCAACUAUGAUGUUGAAAUGAAAUUAAGGGUAGGAUUUUAAAUCAUCAAAGCCACCUCCUGGGAUUGAUCAUAGGUGUUUAUUUAUCGUAAAAUGUAAAUAAAAAUCCCUCAAACUAUUUUGAAAAUCUACACUAGUGUAAGUAGGAUUAUAAUGGUUUUUUUUUUUUUUUAGAAAAUCUUUUGCUAAGUCUCUUUGCUACUUACAGGGCCAAAUUUUCUUUGUUAUAAAAAUAAGGUUGUAGGGAACUCCAGAUUUAUACCUUCCACUCUUCUAUUGACUUAGGUGCUGCUAAGUAAGAUACAUAAUGUAACUCAGCCUCAGUUUCUCAAUCUGUUAAUUGGGAGAUACACUUCCACACAUGCUCACAGGUUGAAAGGCUUAAUUCUCUAAUACUUGCCAAGUGCUUUGAGCUCCUCAGAUGUGCAGAAAGUUGCUAUUCUCUUCCCUGCAAGUCCUACAGUGUGACAUGCUGCCAGGAUCUGUUUUUCUCUGUUUGCCUUUCUCUUGGAAAUCGGAUGCUUCAAAUCCAUGAAUGUAUGCUAUAUUUAAGAUUAAUAUAUGAAUAAAUAAUCAUCAUUUUUGUCAUGUGUCCCUGAGCAACAGAGAGAUAAGUAUGCUCCCUAAGCCUCAGCCAAAUAUUUUUUAAUGGAAGUUGGAAAUUACUGAGAAGGAGGAGACCAGGAAAAUCACUGGACCACUGGAAAGAAAUAAAUCAAAGAUCUCACCACUACAGUGGGAAUGUAGUACCUAUGAAGCUAGUGAAACUAGCAUAUCCAAAUAUCCUGCACAGGUCUUGGCUGGUGUCAGUCAAUGUGCCCAUGAGAUAGCAUCCAUGUGAUGUCCAGCCUGAUGGCUGUACACUCUCUGCAUCUGGUGGGAAAUGAAGGAGCACAGCCAGUGAGCACAGGGGACAGGAGCCAAGGCAUCAACACAUCAACUUCAGGAUGAGAUAAAUCUCACUUUAACUUAGUUAUGACCAAAUGUCUACUAACUUCAAAGAGAGCAGAAAGUGACUCAGAUGAUCAGAGACCAUCCCUGUUAAAGCUCUCACCUCUCCCCACUGAUCAGCGUGCAGCCUCUCUGCCAUGGCUCAUCCCCACCUCAUGCCCAGAGCAGCCCCUGUCACUCCACACAGCUUCCUCUCUGUGGCCAGGUCACUGACCAAAAAGAUGCAAGGAUUUGGCCCAAAGAAGAUGUUAGAAAAGGGAAUUUCUGUAGAGACUGCUUGUGUUACACUGCAGCUGCACAUCUGAGCAUCCUUGGCAAUCCAGCCAGAGCCAAGAACACUUUGCUGGUCUUCCCAGGAUCUAUCCAGGGUUUACUGGGUAUUGCGCAGCCCUGCGUAGAAAGUGCUCCAAUGGACAAUAUUUUGUUGGGUUUUUUCAACCAGAGUAAACCUUUGGUUUAAUUCUUCAGUGUUGUUGACAUCUCAUAACAAUCAUUCCAUCCAGGGAACUUCUUUUCCUUCCCAGAUGUGGGCAUUGCCUUUAUCCUCAUUGCUUGUUCUCUAUUGGAAGAGACAUCUAAAGGAUUAGGAUCUUACUUCAUCUGAUUCUUCAGCUAAAUCAUGAUUCAUCCUUCUGGAAUGGAUCUUCAGGGAGAACAAAUUGCUGUUGUUACUGGAUUAAAUACUGCAGACCAGUUACACCAGCCUUUGAAGACUGGGCUGAGACCAUGGAGCUGUUCUAAAGCCACUAGCUAUGAUGGUAUGAGGCACAAUUUUGGUAAUUACUUAAUUGCCAAAAUAGCAUUGAUCUGAAAGAUCAUCUGUAUUUGGCACAGUUUUGUGGCUAAAUUUGCAAAGAAUAAAAACAAAUGACUGAAGUGCAAUUUGUUAUAAUUUGGCAUAUUGAGAAGAAUUCUUUGGCCUUUGCAAUUCUUGGAAAUACCUGGGUUGUACCUGUUGCAGGUUUUCUGAAAUAGUAAUAGAUGUCUGUGGCAAUUUGUGAGAUUUAACCCUUAUAUGACAAGAGAAUGGAAAAUAAUGAGAAAUUAUUUUAGCAUUGCUACAGUUCUGAAGUUGAUGUAAGUAUGUGCUAGACAAGCCUACUUCAGUUUUCUUGUAUGCCAAGGGCCUGUCAUUCCUACUGAUUUCAUCUGAGUUUGGUCCUUCUUUAAAUGCUUUCUAGGCCUAAGCAAUCAAAAAUCAAGGCAGCCAAAGAGCAGGUGCAGUCUGACUGUCUUUGACAGUGGCUAUGCCAUGCAGUUCCCUGUUCAAUUCCCACUGCAAUUCUUCAGUUUCUGUUCUCUUUCAUCACAGGUCAUCUAAAAGGAAUAUUUUACCAGUAUUAAACCCAGUUGAAAAUCCAUAAACAGCCUCCUUAUAAAGAUAUGUUCUUUCUAAGAGAAAAUCCAAGCAAGGGCAGAGACGUGGAUGAAUAUCCAGCUGCACACAGAGUACAGCCCCAGAGAAAGCAGGAUUUGAAUUGAAGUCAGUAUUUUCUCUGGCCUGCAGCCACCAAUUUGCAAUAUGCAUCUUAAAGGUGCCAGGUCAGGUAUUUGUAGCCACAUCAUGAAAUAUUUAAUGAUGCCAGAUAACAUCUGCCUCUUCUUAAAAAGCACUGGUGACAAACUCAGCAAGAUCCUCUGCAGAAGACAUCUGUGGAUGCUGUGAAGGAGAUCCAAGAAAUGAGACAGGCAGAUCUGAUUAGCUUAUUUUAAUAUUUAUUUUUCCUUUUUAGCACUGAAACCUGUCACUGCUCUGUUCAUAAGGGUGCUGUUCUUAUCAGCUCUCUGCCCUUUUCAUCAUCAGGAUUAAAAACAGGGCAUCCACCAGUUCUGCUGCCUGUGCUGACAACAGAUUCAUGUCAAGGUGUCACCAGAAGGGUGAGAUCUGGAGACCAUCCCUGCUCUGGGAUGUGCACACAAACUGCAUCAGAUCCAGUCAGGGUGGGUCCAGGGACAGCAUCCACCUUGGAACUGUGGUUUAUGUGCCAGCCAGAGACUCUGCACAAAGCAAAAUAAACUAUGGGGGAUCCCAGCAACAUUAAGAAGGUCAAGACCUGGUUCCACACACAGGAAUCUCUAUUCACAAUUUCAUUUGAGAGAGGCAUUUGGGUCAAUAAUAAUCUUCAUAAAAGGAAUUAAUUAGAUUUAUACCUUCUUCUUCAUGAUGUUUCAGUUUGAAAGUUAUCAGUUCUCUAUGGGUCAGAUCUUUCCUGCAUCUUGACUGACACUAGCACUUUGUUUGCAUGUACUUAACAUUAAAAAGUAUUAAUGACUUUGAUGACUCUCAUUUCAGGCUUUGAGAUAUUUUUCAUAAUUUCAAACUGUGGAGCUUUGCUCUCCUUGAUGUAAGUUAGAAACCCUCUCACAGUGAUGUACUGGGAGCAGGGCUGAGUUCUAAUCUGCCUUUUUUUAUAAAUUUCCUUGUGAAGGACAGCACUGCUCUGGAGACAUUUUUCUUGGCUACAUUUUGAGUGUGAUUUUCAGUCCCUAACAAAUGCCACAUGUCUGGAAGUUUUCAAAAAGGUCAGUCUGUGUUUACAUUGUGUGUCUCUCUUUGCAGCAUUAUUAUCAAUGAAGUUUCUUCAUUUUAAAUGCAAACUGGGACUAUUUGAUUAAGGCAAAAGUGAAUACUUAGUUGAAGUAUGAAGGUAUGAUAAAUGUGGUUUAUGCUCUACUUCAGGAGUUGGCACUUAAAAAAAAAUCUAGUCAGGUAAUAUCUGUUGUCCUUGCCUUGGCUUUUCCCUGCCCUGAAUUUAUCAAUCUGGCUCCUAUUAAAAUAAAAGGGAAUUCAACCCAUGGAGAGAUUGGUUAAAAAGUCCCUAAAUUGAAUUUGGCUAUAUUUGCUCUGUUUUUAUCUGUAACAUUGCUGCAUUAUUACAGUCCAGAGUGGAAAUAGUUAAAAUUUUCUGCUUCAAAUGGUGGCCCAUGAGUGCUGCAGACCAAAGCCCAGCUGAUCCCAGGGCAGAGGGCAGUGCCUUUGGCCCCCAGGGGAGCACCAUGGUCCAGCAGCUUGCAGGAUCACAGCCUAAGGAACCAGAAAAUGCAGAGUAAGGAGCAUCCUCAUCCCUGCUGGGAGCCCAGCUGCUGCACAGGUGUCACAUCUGCUUAGGUGAGAACUAAAUCCAUCCUGCCCACUGCAGAGCAUGAAGCAAGAGCUGGAUCUGAUUCCUGCACCCCACAGCCCCCACCUCUAAGCUCUAGGUGCCUAAGAACAGCAAAUCUAAAUUUCCUACAGCACCUCAUGAAUUUGGUGGGAUGUCACUUUUUCAGGAGCCCAGCUGGAUGUGAGUGUCCAAUCUGAAGGCUAUUUUUAAGAGGUGCAGAGGAAAAAGGGGCAUUUUCAAGGUUUUGUUAGCUGGGCACUCCAGGAAUGAAGAUCUUGGGUAUCACUUUUCCUUCUGGUUUUUUAGGCUGUAAGAUUUGAUCCUUCCCAAUUCAGCUUUGAGUAGCUGCCCUCUGAAGUUAACUGAAGCAAAAUACUGAAAAUGGGAUCCUAUUUCCAUCAUGAAGAACAUGCUGAGACUGAAGGUUACAUAGCCAACUGCAUUUUGUUUUCUAGUUAUAGCAUCUUAUUAUUACUAGUAUUUGUGCCUUGCUCACUGAAAUCUUCUCCAUGCUACAAAGAUGCUUUUCAGAUUCUGGCUGACAAGGGAACACAACUUUUAUACAAGUGGCCUUUAGUGCUCUUUAUAAUAUUAUUUAUUGUAAUUUUUAAACUGUAUGUGUAAUUUCUAUUCUGGCACUGUCCAAUAUUUGAACAAAUUUAAUAUGUUUAUUUCAAUAUAUCUUAUGCAAACAAUACUUCUUAACUGAUUUUUUUAUGUUCUGUCUUUAAAAACUUCACCACUUAUUAAUAAAUAGAAAUUUCA